ACUCAAAAGAGCACAAUUUCAUUACACAAUAAUUUCAACAUCAUCUAAAAUUAGGAAUCUUGAUGCCUAUAUAAACUUUCUGCUACCAAAGUUUCUGUUACCAGUUUUCGUCCGAUUCGUUUUUUUAUCCCGUGUUUAUAUAGCUCUUGUGUUUUUGUGAUUUUUCCACUAUCUAAUUGAUUCAUGACCACGUACUUCUGGGUUUUAGGAGCCGGCUGACUUCAUUCUGAUGAACUUUUAGAGAUAUUUAUGAUUUGGCUUGAUCAACAAUUUCUUCAUUGUCUCCUCCUGGAGUCAUCAAAUAUCAUCAUUAUCCAAUCUUCUUUUCCCAGAUUAUCUCUUCAAUGAUAAAGAAUGAGCCUUUUUCCUUUUCAACACAAUUAUCAAAUUAUAUGUAGAACCGGACCUUCGCAAAAAAAAAAAAAAACAACCCCAUGUCCUGUUGCUCUAAUCUCUAUUAACGAGGGUUUCCAGAGUGGCCUCACAAGUGUCCCAAACGACUUGUAGUAGCGGGAGCAGUUUUUCAAGGAGACCAACAACUGUCUCGUGGCUCCACAAUCUCUCUCUCCUCUCUCCCACUCUCUUUCUCUCUCUAAACCUUUUCAAACCCACUCCUAAAUAUGAAGUGAUCAACCCAACUGUCAUAUGGUGGUUACUAGUCUUCAACUUCUCUCCUUCACAUUUUCUCUCUUUCCCAUAUUCCUCAAAGCUUCAGCUGCAAAUGAUGCUGGUUUUCCUUGCUACCAUUUUUUGUUCUUUCACCUUCAAAACAACCCAAAAUUUAUUCCGCAACUGUAGACAUGUUCGACAUCUUAUUCGGGUGGCGAAAGGCUUCGAAGUGCAAGAGGCUGAUCAAAGAGGUGCACUGCCGGCUCAAGUUGCUGAAAAACAAGAGGCAAGCAAUUGUUAGGCAACUACGUCAAGACGUGGCGGAGCUGAUCAAACACGGUCACGAAGACAAAGCCUUCAACAGGGUUGAGCAGAUAAUCAAAGACGAAUCCGUAGUGGCAUUGUUUGAAGUGUUGGACAAUUUCUGUGAAUUCAUCCUCAUCCACCUUCCUUACAUCCGCAGACACAAGGACUGCCCAAAUGACAUAAAUGAAGCAGUUUCAAGUCUUAUUUAUGCUUCUGCUAGAUGUGGGGAUCUGCCUGAGCUUAGGGGGAUCAGGAAGCUAUUCGGAGAACGUUACGGGCAGAAAUUCACAAUGAGUGCUCUUGAACUACUCCCUGGGAAUCUUGUGAGCCGUGAGGUAAUAGAGAAACUCUCCCAAAAGUCAGUAACAGAUGAUAUGAAGCAUAUAUUGGUCAGUGAAAUAGCAAGAAAUUACUGCAUCAAACCACAGGUUUUAGCUAUUGAGUACCAUUCAGAAUGGCAACAAAAGGUGAAGGAAAUUAGUGGACAUCAAGUACUGGAUGCAGAUUAUUAUGGACGAACCAAAACAUCUAGAAUGCAAGUUUUAAAUGUCGAGGAAAUGGAAAGAGAAGCCGUAGAUGCUGAUUCUAAUGUACAUAGAACUUCUGCUAGUUCUUCAUUAGUUAUGCCACUAAUUGAAGGGAAUUUUUCUGAAGUUGGUUCUCCAAAUAUAUCAACUCCGGGCACUGAAGAAAGUCGGAGCAGUACUUCUGGUAGCACAAGUCACGCUAGAACAAGAGAUGGAGAUAUUGUGAUUUACCUUGAUGACAUAGAAGAGGUUCAGUUUUCUACAACAAGAGAUGCAGACUCCCAGGACCAAAGACUCUUCAAGUUCAAAGGUAUCGCACCGAAGAGGGAGAAUCUUGAAAGCAAUUAUGAUCUCACUUAUGUGGAAUGUUAUGAGACUUGGAGUGAGAAUUGCGAGUCAAAAAGCCCAAGGAGAUCAAGUUGGAAGGGAAGUGGGAAAAGACCGAGGAAGAGAUCGAUUUCUCAGGAAAAUCAAUGCUUUAAGGAUAAUGAAUAUCUAAAUUACUAUGGCAGAAAGCAUCUGAAAAAUCAAAGCAAUUGUGGAUUUGAUACUAAGGGAUUAAGCUGUGGCUGCAGCCUGGGAAAUCCAUGUUAUGUUUGCACCCGGAACGACGAAAAUAUUUCUUGUGAAGUUCAACCGUGGAAGCAAAAGAGAGGGAUUACAGCUAGGGUUGGAUUUCCAACUUAUGGACAUGGACAAUUGAACAGGGGAAUCGAAUGGCCUGCAGUGCGUCCAGAGCCAAUGAGGAGGAAGAGUUAUGGCAAUGAAGCUAUGAUGUAUAACGUUUUCACGUAUCCGGAUCAUCAGCAUCCCACUAUGCAAAACAUAGUGCUCAAAGGAAGAGUGGAGGAAUCGAAUUUUCGAUGCAGGCGUGCCUCAUAUAGUUCCACAUCUCCACAUGUGACUAAUUCUUGGAGUGCAAGAAAAGAGACAGUACCUCCUUAUUCCAGAGCCGUGACAAUGCCGCCCGAAAGAGCUAAGGACAAUCACAAAGAUGACUUCCGACGAUCUUAUUCCGACGCCUUCCAGUAUCCUACUCAUGUCCACCCUAAGCUGCCUGACUAUGAUGAUAUAGCAGCUAAAUUCAUGGCACUGAAGAAAGAGCGUCUGCAAAAUAAGCCUCAUUGCAACAACCAGAAAAUUUAGCUUACAACAAGGUAGUCUGUGCUAUAUAGGAUCACUAGCUUUGUAAUCUUUCAAUUCAAUUUCACAUUUCAAGUCUUUUCAGGAUGUCUUAUUUUAAAUUUCCAUGUAAUAGAGAGUACAAGGCAAUGUCUAGAACAACUUGUUCUCAUCAUUCAUUUUAGUUGGUUAUUUUAUAGCGAUAUUACUAGGUUAAGCUAAGAAGAAAGGGAAAUGUUUAAAGUUUAAACCCGGGACCAGUUUAUUUGAUAUAAAUUUUUGUUUGAUUGUUU